GUGAAAACGUUCAAGAUCUCCCCACAGUGCAGUUCAGUGGCUUGAAGGCUUGCGUUGCGGUACGUUUUAUCGUCUUGAGGAAAAGCCGAGCACUACUCGUGUAUUUUCGUGUACACUAUACUCCCGAAUGAACAAACAUCAACUGGUGAAUUGCUAUAGUGUGACACAUUUCGGACGCCUCCGGCCUGCCUCGAUCGUCUGAAAAAUCAGUGAGAAAGUUUUCCCCCAAAAAAAAAAUCUCAACAGCGAAUGGAUAAAAAAAUGAGCACAGUCUGGAGCGCAUUAAAAAAAAUAUCACUCUCGAGGUCGCGGUGUGCCGACAGAAACACACGAGACGUAAAGGCCAUUUUAAAAUAAAAAACCUCGGAUCCACAUGACACUGAUUUUGCUCCAUUUUCAAUCUAUCAAAAAAGAGGAAAGGAAAAUUGAUGAUUGCAGCAGGGGAAAUCAAAUUUUCUAAAAUUUGAACAUUUUUUCAACUAAAAUUUGAAAAAAAUUCCCUGAGUACCGAUCGUUAUCGUCAUUUUAUAACAAAAGCCCUCUGAUAUAUAGAGAUAAGUAAAAACCCGUCAUAAGCCAUUGUUGUCGAAUUGAUUGUGGAGUUUCAGACAAGCGACGCCGAGAUAAAAUGGAAAAGUGGAGAAGUAAAGGAAGGUGUCCCCUUAAGGCGGACGUGGACUUUCCAAAGAAUCACCUGAAGAAUGCGCGUCCGGCGUCACCUGUUGGCCGUAAGAAGACCCGAAAGUGGUCGUUUGGAAAUUUUCUACGAAGAAAAACGAAGGACGCGUCCCAAAUAGCGAACACCUCGACGCAAACAACAGAUUCAAUGGAGACUGUGGACAGUGCGAUCUACUGCUACCCCCACCACGUGGAAAAACCCUCUGGAACAACGAUAACUAGUUCUCAGGAGUCGCCGGGCUACCGCGACAUCGUCAUCCCACUGAGUCCCGCACCAGGAACCGAGUCCGCAGGCAGAAACGGAAGGAAGAAUCGCCUGAAGCUCCGCAUCCAGGCGAAACGUGAAAAAUACAAAAGCGCGAGCAGUUCCGACGAGGAGUUCCCCUCGAACGUAUCCCUCCUUCGCAUCCACAGUGAGGACAGCCUCUCUGGCUCCAAAUGCGACUCCUUAAAUCAGAAGCGAACACGUGGCGCACGAACCGAGCGCUACAUGAAACGAAUUCUAACGACAGCCGAUCAAAAUCCGCUGAAGAAUCAGCUGAAAUAUCCGUCGGACAUUCUGCCGUCGUGCGGCUCCCCGGGCGCACCCGAGAGAUCUCGAUCGUACGCCAACGGUCACUCACCAUUCGGUAGCGACAGCCGCAUUCCAAGUUACCACCCAAGAAUUAUCGACAACACGUGCCAUGAUUACAAGUACGAGUCCACUAAUAAUACGACGCCACCGGAGCCGCCCCCGCGGGCCUUCAAACUCCGGCUCUAUCCAUCAACGAUGAGAUACUCCCUCCAGCACUCCGAUCUGGACACCCCUCCAGACUUCCGGAGCAACUCCCUCGAUCGACGGACGAAUUUCAACGUGAAAAAUCGUUCCCCAUUACCAAUAAAAGACGCAAUGGAGCAAUUCGUCCGGCCGCGGAGAAUCGAAGAGCCGAUUGUUCCGCAGCUUCAGCCGCGCCACAUUCUCUCGAAGAAUGCGCGGAACGCGGAGGACGAGCGACGGCGGCACUCGAAGAAUCUCGAGGAAGCGCUGGAAGAGCUCGAGACGAUUUACAACAGUCUUCGUCUUAGCGAUGAAGACCUACUGGACAGGGCCGAACAGCGGAGUAUGGAAGAGUACCGGGACAAGGUGGCGAUAACGGCUAUCAACGGAUCGAUUGCAGCCUCGGACACCUCCUCCUCCGUAGAAAUAACGCAGGAAGUGGCUUGGCGCGAUGCGGCCGACACCGACUCUCGUCUACGCGAUGAUAUGGCCUACAGACGAAUGCACCAGCACGAGCGACCCGCCUCGGUCGAUAACUUCGGCUCCAUGACGCAAAUGAGUUAUUUGGCGAGUUCACCGUGCCUGUCUUGGCGUGAGGAGACGCCCCGCAGCCGUCGUGGCACGCCAGACUUGACUCGCGAUGACGUUGUCUUCCGGAGCAUAAGUCAUGCGAAUAAUACUCUGAGAAUAGCCGAUCCUCAGCCGCCGUUUGGCAUUCCUCUGGGGCCGGUGACGGCGGCUGCCGACAGUGAUUACCUUCACGUGGUACCCCAGAGGGACCCUUACAGAUCACUCUAUAUUCCGAAGAGAGAGCCAGACGUCGUGACGGACGAUUUGGCCUUCAGGAGUCUACGGAAAGAUGGAAAAAAGAUUUCCCAGUCACCGGCUGGAGACCAUUUCCUACCGCGGAACUCAUUUGCAUCAGAAGUCGAGGGGAAAAGGGCGGUGAGGUCGCUGUCAGCGGAUUUGUAUGGGAUUAUCAAUAAGGACAGCAAGCAGAGCUCUUGGUACAGGAAGUACGUGAGGUUGAAUCGUCCACUGAGGGUCUCAGGGAUGCUGGAGGCUGGGGCCAGACGCGAUGUGGAUAUCAAUGGGAAUAAACCGACGGAGAGUUGCGAGGGGAAGGUGCAGGUGCAUAUUCCGCAUAAGGAGACUGUCACUAACGGACGAUCCCUGGGGCCAGAGCUUAACGAGGAUCGAAAGGUAGAUGACGAAACAUCAGAAUAUACAGAGUUGUGUCGAGAGCUCGAGAAUCUGAUAAAAAAAACUUCGGAGAAGGUGAAGCUGGAGGAGAGGACUGCCUCCAGAAACUCGCUCACAGAGUUUGUCGAGUGGGAAGCGCUCUUGAGCGAGACCGUAACCUCGAAAGACGGGGACAGAGGAUCAGGAGGGUCGGAAGGACCUGAGGGUAUAGAGGGUGAUGCCCCAGGAGUCAUCGGGGAGACGGUCGAUGGCGAGGUUGGUAAAGAGGCUGAUUUACCGACGUUUGAGGAGGUGCCGCACGUGUCUGUGAGCACGACAGCUCAUUGUGAGCCACCAGCAGCUAGUCCUGGGGCGGAAGCGUCAGAUGGCGGCUCUGAGAGCGAUGCAGCGAUUGAUAAAUUCGAAAUCAACGAGCAUUCAAAUGACUCGGGGAAAAUUGAUGAUGAUAAAAUUCAUAUAGCUUCCAAAGAUAAUGGGUUGGACAGUGGGAGGAUCGAUAUAGCAUCGAUGAUUGAAGGUAAUGACUGCAAUGUCGAGCUGAACGGACAUUUGCUGAAAUCAAUAAUGAAUGUUUGCUUCGUUACUAACUGCUUGACAGCGUACACCAUCGCCUUGUGGUCCCUGUGUCUAACACUGCUAAUAGCAAUUAUAGUUGCAAUGUGAAAUAAGACUGUUUUAUAUUUAUCAAAUGACUAUUGAUCCCUUUUUUAUCAGCAGACGAUGUUACGAGACUGCGAUUAGUGAUAGUUUGUUUGAUGCGUUAUUGCCUGUGCAGUGUAUAUAUUCUCGUUGCUGUUGUCCUAUUUAUUUGUCAGAUUAUUCAUUGUUAUUGAAUUGUAAAUGUAAUGUCACAGGUCGGAAUACUGCUCUAUGAUGGGUGGCGUUGUUGAGCGACGCACGGUAUCAACGUUCAAUUUAUUUUUAAACAAUUUUAUUUCUUGUUGAACAUUCUAUUGCAACGGACUGUUGAUAUCUAUUGUCAUUGUUUUAAAAAAUUUAUAAUAAAUAUCUCAAAGCCAUGUUUACCUCUGUAAUAUGAAUUAAUCCUAGUUACCCGAUGUUUUUGAGAGAUCCUAGGGAAUUUCAUAACAUCGUUCAUUAAAAGUCUCUCGAAUAAUAUUCAAUGUAGCAAUAUUAAUUCGUUAUUAAUAAAUAUUUCAGAGCCAUGUUUACUUAUCCCAUUAAUAUGAAUUAAUCACGGUUACCUGAGAUUUUUCGGGAAUGAAAUAGAUGAUUAAAAAUUAUUGUCCAUAAUUUGUUUUUCCGAUAAUCAUAAAAUCAUAUUUAUAUAUAUAUGGGAAGAUGAAAAAUAGUGAAGUGAAAUUUUGUAGAUAAAAAUCUUCAAUGAGUGGAAAAAGUGAAUAAAAUCAUCCCUCAAGAUCGAGGUUUUUUUAAUUCCAUAGACUGAUUAUUGACGCCAUAAAAACUUUUUUAUGUACAGAUUUAUGUGAUGUUCACGUAAAGAGGGUCGACUCUAUCGUUUUAAUUCAUCUCCAUUCACCUCAGAUCGUCAAAUUCAUUUUUUUGCCAUCAAAUUGAGUACUCUCGUUAGAAUAGAUCUUCCUCACGUGAACAUAAACGUAUAUAAAGUGUAUUUACAUAUGUAAUUCGACAAUAAAAUUAAUUUCUGUUAUCACAGUA